ACCACUUGCACUAGAAUCUAAACCCAGGAAUACAGCCACAGCUCACUCUCAGGCUACAACCUUCUCUCACCGUAAGCCACACAAUCAUUCGUUAUCGUCGCAGGUCUACCUGACCCAUUUCGAGUACUCACUUCGGCAUCGCACGCGGAGAAUUUCCUGCACGCCAGCGCUCUCGAGAUCCUCAAAUCAUGGCGGCACCAACUGCCUCCAACAAGGACCGCCAAUUCCUUGCAGUCAUUGGCGAUGAGGAUUCCGUGACUGGGCUUUUACUCGCUGGUAUUGGUCAUGUAACGCAGCCGCCGGACUCGCAGAAGAAUUUCCUUGUCGUGGAUCAGAAAACGGAAACGGCCGCGAUCGAAGCCGCCUUUGAUAAUUUCACAGAGGAGCGCAAAGAUAUUGCCAUUGUGCUCAUCAAUCAACAUGUUGCGGAACGGAUACGACAUCGCGUGGACACAUAUACUGCUGCAUUUCCAGCUCUGUUAGAGAUACCCUCAAAGGAUCACCCGUACGAUCCGGAGAAAGACAGUGUUCUCCGCAGAGUAAGACGGCUUUUUGGAGAGUAGAUAUCUUAGAGGAAUGGAUUUGUCCGCAUUAGUUUGCUCAUGGGAGAGGGUUCGAGUUGAUUGUUAGAAAUGAGCGUGCGGGAUUUUGUAAUUUCGUCAUCUUCGUAUAAAUAUCCAUGCGCAUUAUGAUUAUACUAACGUUUGGACGUUACAAUAUCAUGCAGUAC